GGCUGUGGUUACCCAGCAAAAGCUUGCCUUUUCCUUCGGUGACUACACCCCGAGAGGAGGAGCGUAGUAGGCGUCAGGAUCCUCAAUUUUUCAACUUAGCAUCUUGGCAGGACAUUUUCCCAAGCAAAGCCCCCCGUCCGACGGGUAAAAAAAAACUUCUGCACGGGCGUGAGACCGACGGUGCAACUCAGAUAAGGGAGCAACAGAAAAACAACAAGACCAGACCAAAACAUCCGACGAGCAGUUGGCUGGCUGGCUGGCUGGCUGGCAGCGACCAAAAAAAUCCAUCCAACAUCAUAAGCCUCUCUUUUAUUUAAUCACUUUUACUUUUUGCCUUCACCAUUGUCAUUCAGAGGGGGUGACAGACAGCGGGUCUGCAGACACACGGCUCUAUGCGCUCCGACAGCAGCGCAUGAGAAAAUAAAGGGAGGAAAGUGCGCAAGUUAAGUGGCUCAUAUUCUCCGGGCUCCAGCAUGGCGUAUCCUCAAGGCUACUUGUACCAGCCGUCCGCUUCUCUAGCCCUGUAUUCAUGUCCUGCGUACAGCACCAGUGUGAUAUCGGGACCCAGAACCGAGGAACUUGGGAGAUCCUCUUCGGGAUCUGCUUUUGCACCAUAUGCCGGAUCUACCGCGUUCACCAGCGCCUCGCCAGGCUACAACUCCCACUUACCCUACAGUGCUGCAGACGCGGCAGCAGCUGCCACAUUCACCUCGUACGUGGUGAGUAAACUAAAGAGUUCACCCUAUGACCACACUACGGGUAUGGCCGGCUCAAUAGGAUACCACCCUUACGCAGCACCCUUGGGCACCUACCCUUAUGGUGACCCGGCAUACCGUAAAAACGCAACCCGGGACGCCACUGCCACCCUGAAGGCCUGGCUCGGUGAGCACCGCAAAAAUCCUUAUCCAACCAAGGGAGAAAAGAUCAUGCUGGCCAUCAUCACCAAAAUGACCCUCACCCAGGUGUCCACCUGGUUCGCCAACGCCAGGAGGAGACUAAAGAAGGAGAACAAGAUGACCUGGACCCCCCGGAACCGGAGCGAGGACGAGGAGGAGGACGAGAAUAUUGAUUUGGAGAAAAACGACGACGACGAGCCAAACAAGCCCACCGACAAGGGAGACUCCACAGACACAGAAGCAGAUCAUAAACUGCUGAACCCAGGGGAUAUAGGCUGUGACAGAUUUAAAGAGGAGGGCCAUGGCAAAGACACGGAUCCUCUUCUGAGCGACUCGGAGUUAAAAGACCAGGAGGAGCGGACUACUGAGUUGCUGCCGGAUUCCGCAAAACCAACCACGUCGUCUCCCUCGGCGGUGCCCCGGGGGAACCAGACCUUAGCGGAACAAGACAAGCCGUCAGAUUUGAGCCAUGCACCGGGUACGGUGACCAGCAACGUGACCUCUGUUAUCCACUCGCCCCCUUCGGCCCCUAAACCCAAACUGUGGUCCCUUGCGGAGAUCGCCACGUCCUCAGACAGGUGUAAAAGCAGCGGCGAGACGCCACAGGCCUGCCCUGGUUUGGGUCAGAGCGCAGUAAUGAGCACCAACGCGUCUCCAUCACGGUCCUCCCCUCAGUGCCCGCUCCCCAACAGCACGGUGCUAUCCAGGCCCCUGUACUACACCUCCCCUUUCUACCCCGGCUACACGAACUAUGGUGGCAGUUUUGGACAUCUUCACAGUAACCACGGCUCGGUAACCACGGGCUCCACGGCACAUUUCAAUGGAUUAAACCAGACUGUGUUAAAUAGGGCAGAGGCUUUGGUAAGAGAGAGCCAGAGAGUCAGAGGCCAAACGCAGGUAGAUCUUUGUAAAGACUCCCCUUAUGAACUAAAGAAAGGUAUGUCAAACAUUUAAUACCUGAUUAUUUUACACUCACCGCGGACUUGUAUUUAUUUUUUUGUGGUUGCAUUAAAAAAAAAAGAAGAAAAAAAAAAAGAACACGAUGAAGCAAAUUCUGAGAACAGUUAUUUUCUGAGUAAAUGCUUAUCUUAAAAGUUUUAGUUUCUGAAUGGUUAAUCCUACAAUGUAACAAGAAUGGUCUUAACCGCUGCAGCCGCCUGAGUCUAUUUGUAUGAAAGACUAACAUGUAUAUUUAAUGUAGCAUUUUUGUAUUUAAAAUGGACAACACACUAUCUUUGAAGUAAAUUAUGGAGAAAAAAAUAUAUAUUCUUGUGCAGCGAUUAUUUUUUGGGGAGCAGUUGGAAUUGCCUGAUAUGUGUCUAAAGAGCUUCAAGGCCAAUUAAUCUACACGAAAUAUUAAUUUCAUUUUGCACCGUGACAGAUGUCUCUAUGGUAAUUCUCUUUUCAAAAUAUUAUGGCAGUGAGAGCCCAGGCAAACUCGAAAGAAAAAGGCCUUCAUUCAGCAAAAAGGAUGUUGGAAUAUAUCUAAACAAUAAAAAGGGUUCAGUUUCA